CGUUAGCUUAAUAACCCUGCCACAGCAACAGCAGCUCGGAGGCAGAACGGAAUUCCGGUAUGUUCACGGAAAAAAAAACUCUGACAAGUGUAGCUGCUUCCGCCUUUAGCCGCCUCUCCUGAUACAGAGAAAUGACUGCAACCUUGCGCCCCUAUCUCAAUGCAGUGCGUGCCACUCUGCAGGCCGCCCUCUGUCUGGAGAAUUUCUCCUCGCAAGUGGUGGAGAGACACAACAAGCCAGAGGUGGAAGUGCGGAGUAGUAAAGAACUGCUUCUGCAGCCUGUGAUCAUCAGCCGUAACGACAAGGAGAAAGUUCUGAUCGAAGGCUCUAUCAACUCCGUCAGAGUCAGCAUCGCUGUCAAGCAGGCUGAUGAGAUUGAGAAGAUUCUGUGCCAUAAAUUCAUGCGCUUCAUGAUGAUGAGGGCAGAGAACUUCUUCAUCCUCAGGAGGAAACCAGUUGAGGGCUAUGACAUCAGUUUUCUCAUCACCAACUUCCACACAGAGCAGAUGUACAAACAUAAACUGGUGGACUUUGUCAUUCAUUUCAUGGAGGAAAUUGACAAAGAAAUCAGUGAAAUGAAGCUGUCUGUCAACGCCAGGGCUCGUAUUGUCGCUGAAGAGUUUCUCAAAAAUUUCUGAGAGAGAGGAUUACAUUCCUUUUGCAAUCUUGGCCAUCACUGUGGAGCAUUCACAACACAGGGCAGAAACGAGGCAGAACAACAUCAGCCAGGAGAAGUUAAGAAAUGUACAGUAAAGAUGUACUGGCCAAUGGGGUCUUGCCCUUUAACCUUAAAAUGUCCCCUGUGCUCAAAAAUAUUGAUGUUUGUACAUAAUGAUUAUUCACACCUGACAUUAAUUUCUGCCUUUAGAAGUCAGGGCAGGUCCUUAAAAAAGAUAUUUGUAAUCAGUAUUAAUGAGCACAGGGUAAUAUGGAGGUUUCUCAGAUAGUUUUUUUUUUUUAAUAUAUAUAUAUAUAUAUAAAAUAUGCACAUAAAUUUCAUUUUGCUAUGUUUUGUUACAACAGACCUUAAAUCACAAAGGCAAUCAAUCGUUACACAUUUCUUGUUUUAGUACAGAGUAGACCCUGUUGUAGAUGGAAAUUAGAAUAAAUAUACUUGCUGGCAGUAAAGAUAAAUAAAAACACAUUAUACUUUG